AUGUUUUCGCGCUUACAAUCGUCACAGAAGGUUUCACGCAAACGCGCCAAGAUUUCCAUCCCCCGCUUCUGCACUGUCUCCAACCUCGCCACCAUCAUCAACGCCAAGGUCCCAGCACUCCUCCGUAACCUCGAAUCCCUCGGCUUCGAAGGCCUUACCCACGACUACAUCUUGGACCAGGAAAAUGCGACGCUCAUCGCGGACGAUUAUGGCUUCGAGGUGGUCCUUAAUGACGAGACCGGGAUCGACAUUUUCCCCGAGCCGAUCAACGAGCUGCUUUUGCAGACGCGCGCGCCGAUCGUAACGAUCAUGGGCCACGUCGAUCAUGGCAAAACCACCAUCUUGGACUAUCUCCGAAACUCCUCCAUCGUCGACCAGGAACAUGGGGGCAUCACCCAGCACAUUGGGGCGUUCUCCGUAACCACCCCCGUCUCUAAAAAGAGCAUCACCUUUUUGGAUACGCCCGGGCACGCGGCCUUCUUGAAGAUGCGCGAACGUGGCGCGAACGUAACCGACAUUGUAGUAUUGGUUGUCGCGGGAGACGACUCCGUCAAGCCGCAAACAAUCGAAGCCAUCAAGCACGCGAAAAAGGCCGGGGUCCAGAUGAUUGUAGCAAUCAACAAAUGCGAUAAGCCUGGCGCCAACCCGGAUAAGGUUGUCGCAGACUUGUCGCGCCACGAGGUUGAUGUGGAGGAUUAUGGUGGCGACGUGCAGGUGAUCCGCGUCUCGGGUAAGACCGGGCUAAACAUGGACAAGCUCGAGGAGGCCAUCGUAACGUUGAGCGAAAUCAUGGACGUCAAAGCCGAGGUGGAAAAGGUUCCGGCCGAGGGCUGGGUCAUCGAGUCGCACCUCAAAAAGGGGUUGGGUAGCGUUGCGACAGUUUUGGUCACCCGUGGCACGGUCAAACCCGGGAGCAUUCUCGUCGCAGGGCAGACGUACUGCAGAGUGAAGAGCAUGAAGGAUGAGCAUGGCAAGGUGGUUAGAGCCGCGUGUCCGUCCAAACCUGUCGAGGUGUGGGGCUGGCGCGAUCUUCCCGAGGCGGGGGACUCGGUGAUCCAGGCAAAGGAUGAAAAGCUUGCUAAAAAGGUGGUGGAUAACAGAGCCAAUCGGGCCAAAACGAUUGAUGAGGCCAAGGAUGUGGAUGCGAUUAAUAAAAUGAGAAAGAAGCAGCGUGACGAGGUGGACCGCUUGAAGAAGGUGGAGGAGUUGAAGAAGUAUGGGUUGGAAGGGACUGCGAUGAACGCUGCCGCGGCCGAAGAUACAUGCAAGCAGAUUUCGUUCAUAAUCAAGGCCGAUGUGAGCGGUUCUGCGGAGGCGGUGAAGGAAAGCAUCGCCCAUUUGGGCAAUGACGAGGUAAAGGUGCGGGUGUUGUAUGACGCAGUCGGCCCGGCCACUGAGACGGAUCUUGAAAGAGCUAAAACAUCGGGUUCGAGUAUCCUUGCAUUUAACAUUGACACGCCAAAGGACAUCGAGCGGAAGGCAUUUACCGCAGGUGUGGACAUCAAGAGCCACAACAUUAUCUACCACUUGAUCGAGGAGGUUACCGAGAUUUUGACCAGCAACUUGGCGCCGGAGGUCCAGACGCGUUUCUUGGGCGAGGCCGAGAUCAAGGCAAUCUUUGAGGUUACCGGGAAGAAGAAACAGAAGACGUUUAUUGCGGGGUGCAAGAUUGCGAACGGGAGUAUCAAACGAAACCAGGCGGUAAAGAUUUUCCGCGGCGAGAAGGAGGUGUACAGCGGAUUGCUCUCAUCGUUGAAACAAGGAAAAAACGAAGAGACGGAGAUCAAGAAGGGAAGCGAGUGUGGGAUGGCGUUUGAGGCAUUUGAGGGGUUCAAGGAGGGAGAUGUGGUCAAGCCGUUUGAGUUGGUGGAGGUGAAGAGGUUUUUGUAA